AUGAUGUCCAUAGCUGCGUUCAUCGUCUGGGUCGUCGCGGGCGCCAUCAUCGUCUUCGACCUCCCUGUGCAGGUCGCACCCGCGCCCCAGGAUCCCCCGCCGCCGCCCUACUCCCCCUCAGAACCAACCAUCAAGUCCACGCCAUCAUCAAAGUCGUCGGCACAGCCCCCCCGCCGGAGUGCCUUCAGCGCACGUCGGCUCACCCCCACCACCUUCCUCAUCGUCGAGACCGACGACGUAUUCGGGGAGCAGCCCUUCAUCUACGCCAAGCUCGUCCCCGCCGCGAACACCCUUGUGCUACUCGACACCGGCUGUGGCGGCCGAUCGCGCGAUCAUGGCGUCGAGAUCACCAGCCUGCGCGAAUUCAUAGAGACUGUGCCGGUCACAGACAACGGCGGCCGCCCGCUGAACGAACGCGCGCGCCUGCGUUACGUCGUCGUGCUCAGCCAUUGUCAUUACGACCACAUACUCGGAGUGGAAGACUUCGCUCACGACUCGCCCAUCCUGGAGUCCGCACACUCCCCAACGUUCGUCUCCCGCGCAAACCUGCCCGCGCACUCGCAAUGUGCGCGCCUCGGAGUGCCCACACCUACGUUCACGCCGACGCUCGUCCCGCACAACACGCCCCUCCUCUCCGCGUCUGGAGUCCCAGUCGGACUGACGCUCCUGCACACACCAGGGCACACCCCCGACGAGCUCGCACUGUGGGACGCGGUCGAGCGCGUACUCUACGCCGGCGACACGCUGUAUGAGCGCGCACCGAUCAUCUUUCCCGCGGAGGGGGACAUCGCAGUGUGGCUCGCGAGUCUCAGUGAGCUCAUCGACCGCGUGUGCGCCGAGUCGAGCCCGCAGGACGUGCGCAUCUGCUGCGGGCACGAGACGGCGGGCCGCCCCGCGCUGGACGUGUUGCGGACCGCGGAGGCGUUUGUGCGUGAUGUGUUGGAUGGUCGGGAGCUGGUGCGGAGUAGAGAGGAGCGCUGGGGAGUGUGGGUUGUCGAGUACAUGCAGGAGGGCGGGCGGUACAGCUUGGUAUGCCCGGAGCGGCUGGUGCUGGAGGCAAGGGAAAAGAUAGGAUUGAACGUGUGA